CGGUUUUCGAAUUGGCGGUUGAGCGAGUCGGCGGGUCGCUAGUUCACUUGUCGGAGCUCAGUGGUUGGUGAAAUUCGUUAACGUAUUACAACAUCGAAAGCCUCAAGUUGUUCAUAAUUAGAAGAGUAAAACAAGUGCAAAUUAUUUCUAAUCGAAAUAAAUAAAACAUUGUGAUAAAAGUAAAAUAUUGUAUAUAUUUGCAUAACUCAAGCAGGGUAGCAUACAGCGCUUCCAUGAAAGAAUGGAUAGUAGUGCCAAGCCGGAACGCAAGAAUCCCCGUCAAGGGGCGAAUUAUCUUUCCCAACUGAUAUUUGCCUGGGCAGUGCCUUUGCUGUAUCGCGGAUCACGAAAGGGAUUGAACACAGAAGAUCUGACGCAAUGCCUCAAGGAGGAUCAUUCGGAGCAGCUAGGUGAUCGGCUAGAGGAUGAAUGGUACAAGGAGCUGGAGCGCGCCCAUCGCAAGUCUAAGAAGCCUCACCUACGCAAUGCUUUGUUUCGUUGUUUCCAGGGACCCACGAUAGUCAACGGCCUAAUAUGUCUUGUCUAUAUAGUCAUGAAAACGCUUAUACCUGCCGUACUGGCACAGCUACUACUGCAGUUUCAGCAUCAAGCUAAUCCCUUGUCGAAUAUGGUGCAAGCCGAAAACCAAAACUUUAGCACUGCGCUUAAUCGCACUGUGCGGGCUGUGACAACAUCGGGGCUAACAUCAGCUGAUGAUACUGUUCGUUCGCCAAAUGCAUUGGAAAUCGAUGGUCCAGCCAAAGAGCGCGUGAAUGGUAUUUUUCGUGAAACUGAAGGCGAAGCGGGCAAAAUGAAUGUUUUCGAGGAAGGCGUUCAUUAUAUUUGGAAUGAUAUAUACAGUCUUGGUAUAGUCUUGGUUAGUUCAACUCUGAUUUGUUGUUUCCUGAUACAUCAUGUUGAUCUGAGACAACGGUUGAUGGGCGCUCGAAUGCGUAUAGCUUGCUGCUCUCUGAUCUACCGAAAGACUUUGCGGCUGUCUAUGAAAACAGCGGGCCAAACACCAGCUGGCUAUUUAAUCAAUCUACUCUCAAAUGAUGUGAAUCGUCUGGACUAUGGCUUUAUAUUUAUGCAUUGGAUCUGGAUUAUGCCACUCCAAGCUGUGCUUACCUGCUAUUUAAUAUGGCUACGUAUUGGUAUCCCAGCUCUAGUGGGCGUCAUCGGGUUACUACUGAAAACUGUGCCUAUACAGUCGGCAUUUAGUAAGCUAACGUCAGUGCUUCGCAUGCGCAUAGCUGAGCGUACGGAUGCGCGCGUUGGGAUAAUGAAUGAACUGGUGCAGGGUAUACAGGUUAUCAAGAUGUACGCUUGGGAGAAACCUUUUGAGGCGGUAGUCGCCGAGGCCAGACGUCGCGAGAUAAAACAGAUUCGUUACGCUUCAUACCUACGUGGAUUUUACCUCAGCACCAUGGUUUUCACAGAGCGUUCCACUUUGUAUAUCACCCUGGUCGCAGCUGCUCUCAUGGGACACACAAUUACAGCUGAUUUUGUUUUUUCGGCUGCAAGUUAUUAUAACAUCCUGCAGUUGGUGGCGGCCAUUUGGUAUCCGCUGGCUGUAACCUUCGGUGCAGAGGCAUUGGUAUCUUUACGUCGCGUUCAGGCCUUUCUUCAGCUGGAGGGUCGUGAUGAGAUGGUCACUGGACUAACGCACAAACGCCAGCAGGAUAUAGGCGAAACACGUGCAAUAGUCUUAAAGGACAUCAGUGCCAGCUGGGACAAAGAGCGACCGGAGCGCACGCUUCAAAACUUUAAUUUGCAGAUAGAAAGCGGUCAGCUCUGUGCGGUUAUUGGCCCGGUAGGAGCUGGAAAGAGUUCACUGCUGCAGCUGCUACUUGGCGAGCUGCCCAUAGUCGACGGUGGUGUUAUUAUACAGGGUGAGCUCUCUUAUGCCUCUCAGGAGCCUUGGCUUUUUACCGGUACCGUUCGCAAUAACAUUCUGUUUGGCGAGCAAUACGACCGGAAGCGAUACCAGGAAGUCACGAGAUGCUGUGCCCUGACUACAGAUUUUCAACAACUCAGCAAUGGGGACAAGACCGUCGUUGGAGAGCGUGGAGCUUCAUUGUCUGGUGGUCAACGUGCUCGUAUUAGCUUGGCGAGAGCCGUCUACAAACCAGCAUCAAUUUAUCUUCUGGACGAUCCUUUAAGCGCGGUUGACGCGCAUGUUGGACGACAUCUGUUCGACGAGGUCAUUGGACCACGUGGGAGACUGGCUCAGCAGAAGGCCACCCGUGUGCUCGUCACUCACCAGGUGCACUUUCUCUCAGAUGCCGAUUGGAUUGUUAUUGUGGAUCAUGGUCGAAUUUUGAGACAGGGCACUUAUGACGACCUUGUCAACAGUGACUUGGACUUUGCCAAGCUGCUGGAGCGUCCGAAAGAAUUGGAUAAAGCUGGCAACAACUUGGAAGCAAUGUCUGUUACAAGUUCGAGUGGGCAGGAUAUAGACGAAGAUGAUGAUAUACCCUAUAUUGAUGGCGUUCGUGAUGGCUAUCAACCGUUGCGGAAACAAAGCAACUCCACACAUGGCAGCAAGUCGCUGAACAGCAGUGUGCAAGCGGACGCUGAUCAAGAUGAUGAUGAAUUGGCCGAGGCUCAAGCUUCGGGAAGCAUCUCGCCACGCGUGUGGUAUGAAUACUUCCAUGCGGGCAGCACGUGCUUGAGCUUUAGUUUCAUGGUGUGCAUCAUGUUGAUGUCGCAGGUGGUGUGCAGCUGCUCCGAUUACUUUUCCAAUAUUUGGACGCAGGAGGAGCAUCGGCGAUCACAGGGCGAAACUACCAGCUUUACCACUUUCGAGUGCAUAUAUAUUUAUGGGGGUCUCAUCCUUGGCGUCGUGAUUAUGACAACGUUCCGCGGAUUUUUGUUCUUUAAGACGUGCAUGCAUGCCUCCAAGGUGUUGCACGAUCGAAUGUUCAGCACUAUAUUGCAUGCGACGAUGCGAUUCUUUGAUACCAAUCCCUCUGGUCGUAUACUCAAUCGGUUCUCUAAAGACAUGGGUGCUAUAGAUGAACUUCUGCCACGCGCCAUGAUGGACUUUAUACAGGUUGCCCUGGUCAUGUUUGGCAUAUUAAUUGUGAUAGCUGUGGUGAAUCCUAUUCUAUUGGCUGCAAUGUUAAUUGUGGCUAUUAUCGAUAUGCUCAUAUUAAAGCUCUAUCUGCGCCCUGCGCAAGAUCUAAAGCGCCUAGAAGGCAUUUGUCGCAGUCCUGUAUUCUCUCACCUAAACUCUUCUUUGACGGGUCUUUCGAUCAUACGCUCGCGCCAGCUACAGGAUGUUGUCAUAAAGGAAUUCGAUCUGUUGCAAGAUGUGCACAGUAGCGUCUGGCAACUGACCAUGGCGGCCAAUACGGCAUUGGGACUGUGGUUGGACUGCGUCAGUUGCGCAUUUCUCACGGCAGUGACUUUCAGUUUUAUAUUCACCAGUGAAACCACUUAUAGCGGCAAUGUGGGCCUGGCCAUCUCGCAGGCUAUGAUCUUAACCGGCAUGGUGCAGUAUGGUGUCCGUCAGGUGGCUGAGUCACUGCAGCAGAUGACCAGUGUAGAGCGUGUUUUGCAGUACACGGAACUGGAACAGGAGGACACGUCUAAGAGUGUGGAACCCUCUCAACAGUGGCCUACAAUGGGGCAGGUGGAGUUCCGUGACAUGAGCUGCCGCUAUGAUCCUAAUGGCUCUGCUGUACUCAAGCAUCUCAGCCUAAUCAUUGAACCAGGCUGGAAGGUGGGAAUCGUGGGUCGUACUGGCGCAGGAAAGUCCUCACUUAUUGGCGCUCUCUUUCGUCUGGCAUACAUUGACGGUGGCAUUUACAUAGAUGACAUCGAUACAGGCAGCAUAUCGUUGGAGACGCUGCGUACUCGCAUUUCUAUUAUACCACAAGAUCCCGUACUCUUCUCGGCCAGCAUUCGAUAUAACUUGGAUCCCUUUGAGCGCUACAGCGAUGCUGAGCUGUGGCGCGCUCUCGAAGAUGUGGAGCUACGAGCUGCGAUUCCUGGUCUGGACUUUAUGGUCACCGAGCGCGGCAGUAAUUUCAGUGUGGGUCAACGACAACUCCUUUGCUUAGCCCGAGCGAUCCUGCGCAACAACAAGGUGCUAGUGCUGGAUGAAGCAACUGCCAAUGUAGAUCCACAAACGGACUCAUUGAUCCAGCGAACAAUUCGUGUCAAGUUUUGCCACUGUACAGUACUGACUGUAGCACACAGACUGCAUACAGUCAUGGAUUCGGAUCGUAUAAUUGUGAUGGACGCUGGGACUGCAGUGGAAUUUGAUGUACCACACUUACUGUUGAAGAAACAGCACGGAAUACUCAGACAAAUGGUCGAGGCUACCGGUGGAGAGUCUGAUGCGCUGAAGAGUGUGGCCAAUACUUCAUUCAAACGUAUGCAACAGGAGCGCGAAGAGAGAAGAUCAAGCGAGGACCAGCAGGAUAAUUAGACUCGCAUUUAACCCCAGACUUGGCGUUUAACUUAAGUUUCUCAAAGACCUAUAAGACUUGGGCCAUCAAUACAGUCCCAGUUAACACGUUCACUAUGAUGUGAAUAAUAAUCAUAAUUUCAAUCUUUUUAAAAGUAACAUUCAACUUGGGCGUGUUAAAUAUUUCCAUUUUUCAGUUACUUGAAUACUAUUUAUGUAUGAUAUUAGGUGUAAUUUAACUUUUUACCAGCGUCCAUUUGUAAGAAUUGUUUGAUUCAUGUUUUGCUCUUUUAUUAACAUCAGUAAAAACUCUUCGUACAGACUAUCACUUAAAAGGAAAUCUGAAUAUACUGCCUUGAAGAUUCGUUGAACCAACGCAUUGUACUUAGCAAUAUUUUGAAUGUAAGCAUAAAAUAAAAAUGAAGUUGCAGAAUUUAAGGGCUAAGUGAUAAGUUCCUUACUAAUAUAUACAUAUGUGGGAGUUCGUAUCUCAUGUAUCCCGUAAAUACAAAAUGCUUUACAAGUAAUUCAAAUAGUUAUUUUGAUAAAUAUUUGCUUGUCGUUCUUUACAACAGACAAUAAGAAAAAUAAGCCGAUUAAUUGUUUUGAUAUAUAUCCAU